AUGUUUUUAGCCUUGCUUCCAUCAAAAGGUUUUUUCAUCAGAAGUUUUCACUUGUGUAAGCAGUUCACUAGCCCAAGUGCUGAAGAUAUUAUCUUUAAGGCUAUUUGUGUUAAUAUAAGGCAAAAGAAAUGGAAGUUUUUGGACCAAGUGUCUCCAGCUCUCACAAACUCUAUGGUUUAUCGCAUUUUUUGCGAGUUCCGGAGCUCUCCACUGCUAGUUUUAGAGCUUUACACCAGAGUUGGAGGGUGCAAAAGUGUCUUGGAUUCUUUGGAGUCUUCUUGUACUGUGAUUUGUGUGAUGGUGAAGUAUAAAAGAUAUGAUGAUGCAUUGGGUUUGAUGAAUGAAUUGAUGAUAGCAAAAGGGUAUUCACCUUUGGAGAUUUUAGAAGCAUUGGUUAAUAGCUCUGAUGCAACACUUUUGAGUUCUGCCGUAUUUGAUGCGUUAGUGAGGGCAUGUACCCAAAUUGGGGCUACGAAAGGUGCUUAUGAUGUGAUGGAAAAGUUGAGAAUCCAAGGUCUUCAUGUUUCUAUUUAUGCAUGGAACAAUUUUUUGAACCAUCUUUUGAAGAUAGAUGAGACUGUCAGGUUUUGGAUGGUGUAUAAGGAAAUGAUUUCGUAUGGAUAUUACGAGAAUGUGAAUACUUUUAAUUUGCUUAUUAAUGCUCUUUGUAAGGGCUGUAAACUGUCUGAAGGAUUCUCUGUUUUCUAUAAGAUGUUGAAAUACGGGAUUGUGCCCAAUGUUGUUAGUUUUAACAUGCUUAUAGAUGGAGUUUGCAGGAUUGGUGACCUUGAUUUAGCUCUGAAACUGGUUAAGAAGAUGGAAAUUAUGUCAAGUGGCAUCGUGAAGCCUAAUGUAGUUACUUAUAACUGUCUCAUUAAUGGGUAUUGCAAGUUUGGUAAGCCGGAAACUGCUGAAGAAAUUAUGAAUGAAAUGAUUCAAAUGGGAGUUAAGCCUAAUGAAAGGACUUUUGCGACACUGGUUGAUGGGUAUUCCAGAAGCGAGUGUUUGGAGCAGGCAUUUAGGCUGUCUGAUAAUAUGGUUGAAAGUGGCUUGAUACCCAAUUCAGUGGUUUAUAAUACAAUCAUCCACUGGCUAUAUAUGGAAGGAGAUAUACAUGGAGCUUCCUCAGUAUUGUCAGACAUGAUUAAAAGAUGCAUAUCCCCCGAUCAAUUUACACACUCUAUUCUUGCAAAAGGAUUAUGCAGGAGCGGCCACAUCAAUGAAGCUUUGAUAUUUCACAACCGGAAUAUAGAAAAUAACCUUGUGGAAGAGCCCUUCUCUCACAACAUUCUCAUCAAUUAUCUUUGCAAGAACAAGAACAUGACAGGAGCUAAACAACUUCUCUGCAGUAUGUUUAUUCGAGGUUUAAUCCCUGACCUGGUUACGUACGGCACCAUAAUUGAUGGGUAUUGCAAGGUAGGCAAUACGAAAAGUGCAGUCGAGGUUUACAUGGACAUGGUUAAGAUGGAAAAGAAUCCAAACUUGGUAAUUUACAAUUCCGUUGUAAAUGGUUUAUGCAAAGAAGAAUGCAUGGAUGUAGCAAGAUUUUUGGUAGACACAAUGAAGAAGACAAAUAUGUAUGAUGUUGUAACUUUUAAUACACUGUUGAACGGAUAUUGCAGUACAGGAAAGUUUGAGGAGGCUUCUCAUUUAUUUGGGAAUAUGAGAAAGGAAGGAAUCUUGGCGAACACAGUCACUUGUAAUAUUUUGAUAAGCUUUCUGUGCAAAUUUAGCAAAUUUAGGUUAUUUGAACAGGCAAAGGAAGUUGUGAGAACAAUGGUUGCUCAGGGCUUGAAUCCGGAUUUUGUAACAUACACUGCACUUCUGACAAACUUUAGCAAGAAGAGCAGUGCUGAGGAGGUCAUUAAAUUGCACGAUUUUAUGGUGCUCGCUGGAGUAAUUCCCGUUGACGAAACAUAUAACGCUGUUGUGAGUCCACUUAUUAAAGAAACUUCUACUGAGUUUGAUUAA